AAUUCCCCACACAGUCACAUGAUAGAACAGAUAGAUCAUAGAAAAGACAAUAGCAGAGGAUUCUUUGAAGUGCUGUCCUCCCAUGUGUCAUAACAAAAAUGCUGAUCAUGCCCAAAGCCGCCACUUAUGCCGGUAUGAAAAUGCGCCUGGAAGAGAUCGGGGAAUCCCUUUAUCAAGUGGCCCGGGUGUGGCUGUGUGGAGAUCGACACAUGAUAUCAUAGAGUGCGGUUGGAUGGUGAGACGCUACGGUCUGUGGUGUGACUGCAGUUACCGGUUUACAUUGACUUGGACUCGAAGGCAGAAGAUGAUCUGCAGCAUCCUGCUGCUCAUCAACCUGACCUCCUGUUUCUGUGGAACAUUUGUAGUGAAUGUGACACAGACCUCCUAUCAGGCAGAGGAGAACGAUAACAUCACACUGGAAUGGACGUUCACAACCAACACUGACAGUUCCCUCAACUCUCUUUAUAUCUACUGUAAACUGUUUACUGAUCACAAGGUUUCAGUCCUGUUUCAUCUACAUGAAGGUGUCGAGGUCUCAGAGUCUCAGGAUGCACAGUUUGCAGGACGAGUCCACUGCGACACAGACGUCCUCAGAGAAGGACGAAUCAGACUUCAUGUGUCCAGACUCAGGACUGAAGACUCGGGCCUGUACCUGUGUAAAGUGCUCACAAAGUAUGGUGUCAGUGCUGUCAAAAGUCAGCUCAGUGUCACUGCAGCUGCUAAUAAGCCCAAAUCUCAGAGACCAACAGAGAGUCCACAACCAGAGAGUCCACAACCAGAGACUCGGGGAAGGAUCAGCCUCUAUGCUGGACUGGCAGCAGUAGCUUUACUGGCUGUCUGCUUUACCUUCAGUCUUUGUUUCACUAAAUCUACUGAUAAGGCAGUAAAAAAAUUGAAAAGCACAAACACUGAGAAUGGACUUGAAGUGGACUUGAAAAAUGUUUCCAUAGUCACAGAAUCUGGACUUUUCCAUAAGGGAGCAGGAGUUGUUCAUUUUAAGAAUCUUAAACAAGGCAAUUGAACGUUUUUGUGGAAAAAUCCUAUCAGACACAAAUGAUUGUAUUGUUAAACAUAUCUAGAGGGCAUCUUUAAAUAUUUACACAAUGUAUUGUUCAGUUACUCUUUAAGCACAGAUGUGUGUCUUACAGGGUUAAUAUGUGGUGAAAUGAAAAACUCUGAACUUUAUAUUAUAUGACACAUGUUUGACAUAAAAAUCUAAAUAUAAAAUUUUUUAAUACAAUUAUUAUGUGAUGAGAAAAGCUGGUCUGUAGUUCCCCAAACCAAAACAUACAAGUAUAACAAAAUAAAAACCCUUUCUUGUACCAUAAAUAACCUUUAAACCUGAUCACAUUUGUAUCAAGUUCAGUUAAAUGAGCUUUACAGAUGCACUCACACAUGAAAGUCUUUAUAUUGUUUUAAUGAAAUGUACAUGAAUAAAAGCAGGCACAAGAUAGUAUUGAUCUAACAGUUCAUUAUAUGUGAUUGAACAGUUUAAAAUAUGAUAAAUGUAAAGACCAAAAGAAACAAAUUAACAAAGAACUGUAUGUAAACACUGUUAGAGCAGGAAAGAUUGACAGUUCAUGAUUAAUAUUAAUAUCUUCCCUUCUAUGAAAUGCUCAACAAAGAUGUUCGACGAGAUGUUUAUUAAAGCUCUCUCUUGUAAAAAAAGCUGACAAUGAGACUGGGUCAGGUCAUUUUGUGUCAUCCAGUGGAGCUUUAUAGACUGUUGACUGUUUUUCAGUCUGGUGCACCUUGGUCAUGUAAUAAUUUCACUGUCUGUAAACAGUGUUUAUGUACAGUUUUUCUCAUUAUUAUAAAAAAAAAGCCUAUGCAAGUUUAUUUGCAUACCAACAGAAGCAAUUCAAAAUACUGUGUAUAAGGCAAAAGAAAUGCAUUAGAACGUCAUAAAACAUCAAAAACUAGAUAUACAGUUUAUCAAAGCAGAAUAAAUUGUAAUGUUAAUUUCCACUAUCUGAAGUUAUACUUGUUGUUACUCUGGUAUUGGUAUAACAUUUGGUAGUAGGCAAAGACUUUCUGGUAAUGGUAGCAGGUGUGGUUAAUCAGCCCAACAAUGGUAAUAAUCCUCUAAGAACAAUUAACAAUACAAUUUAAAGACCAGCGUGUAGGAUUUAGUGGCAUCUAGUGGUGAAGCUGGCGUCUCUUUUUUCACAACCUGGGAAUGAGAACGGGCUGGGAAGUGUGCAGGAGAAACUAUGGUGGCUGCAAAAUGCGUAAAAAACUUCUGGGCUGCUGAAACUAGCCGGUCCAACAUGACUGACUCCAUGGCAGUCAACCUGUGGUGUCAAAACAGCUCAUUUUAACUGAAUGAAAACGCAAUAAUACUUACUUUCAGGUGAUUAUACAAUAAUGAAAACAUACUUGGGUUUAAUGUGUGUUGAAGGUUUUCAUUAGCUUUAUAUUAUUUGGUUUUAUUGAGUUAUUAUUGCAUGGUUUUAUUGAUGUUGUUGGAUUGGAUCAAGGUGAACAGAAAACAGCUGAUUAACUGGACUACACCACAACGUUGACAAGGGCCAAAUUGUGAUACCUAUCAAAUGUGGUCCAAGGAAGGAAAAGCGGUGAACCGGUGACUGGUGGACUGUUGGUUCUGAUAGAGAGGUGUCAGAAUAGAUAAUUGCAGUUUGUUACGUAUGGGGCUGCAUAACAUUAUGACCACCAAGGAAGCCAAGGUGGUCAUAAUGUUUAAUGUUAAUGUUGAUUUAAAUUUUCUUGUGUGUGUUUGCUUGGUAAAUGUGGGCCCACUGAGUUUGGUGUGAAUAUAAUCUAACCUUUAGUUAUAUUGUGUGUGUUGCAGUUAGUGGGAAAUGUUAUUUCAUUGCUGUAACUCUCAAGUUAUAAGAAAAAAGAACAAAAGUGUGAUUUAAUUUAAAGGAGAGUAAAUAUUAUUUCAUUUUGUUUAUUUUGAACUUUUAGAAAGUAAAUAAUAGAAAUGUAUUAUUUCUAAAAAA